AUGUCGGGUCACCGUCAUAACCACCUUCAUAGAAGGCAAGGCAAUAACGGCUGGGAUGAAUUCGUCGGUGGCGUUGAGAGUAUUGCCAACGACUUCAAUCCUUUCAAGCAGACGCCUACUGUACAGGCAAAGGCUGCCGAGCAAUCCACAGUUGUAAAGACUGUAUACCAGACUCUGCCAAAAACCUUCGAUGGCCCAGUCGGUGGAUAUAGAACUUUAGGUCAAGAUGAAGAUGCUCCCGAGACUACGCCUAUAGUGACACCAACCCCAGUUGUACAGGCGAAACCAACCAGCUCACCAGUAAAGGACCAAACCACGACAGCGGCAGCUUCGAUCGCCAAGGCAGAGAACCCAGCCUCGGCUACGAAGGGCGCUGAGAAGUCGGCUACCGAAGUCCUGCCUGGGUCGAUUAUGGGCACUUCCUCCGUUGAUAUUAGUGAGCAUUCGACACUAGCUAUCGCUACCAGCACUCCCACGACGCUUACGAAAGCAACUAAGAACGUCGACACAUCUCAAAUUGCCGCGACGGACGCCGCAGCCACUUCCUCUCCGACGGCUACCGCAGAUUCCUCAGUCCCUGACACCAGCGGCGCAGCGAAAGCGGGUAUCGCAAUUGGAGUCCUUGGCGGUGUUCUGGUGGUCGGUCUACUUAUCUGGUUCUUAUUCGCCAGGCGCAAGAAGCAGCUUGAGCAAAAGGAGAUCGAGGAUGAGAAGGCCAAUAUGAGUAAUCGCCGCGUGUCAAUUCUCUCGACCCAAACCAGCGCUACCGCACCCCAGCUUAGUCUAAGGCCUGUGACGGCCGAAUUCAUGCCCACUUUCGGCGAACGACGAUCAAGCAAGGGAGCUGCUCUCGCACUUGCAACUGGUGGAGCAGCCUUAAAGCCUGAGAGUGCUAAUCGCUCUCUUUGGGAACGACCUGGCUCUAGCGGUGCUAACAACCCCGAGAAUCCCUUCGGCAACAAUGCGGAACGUGCUUAUACGCCCACUGAGCAGCCAACAAAUCCUUUUGACAACCCAGAGAACGUUGUUGGCGUUGCUCAAACCACGAACUCGCCUCCUAGAUCUUCACCAACUGCCGGUGCAGCUACUCUAGGCGCUGCUGCUGCAGGCACCGCCCUGACCCGAAAGGCUUCCACUCGAAAGGAAGCUCCUGCGCCUCUCGACCUUACCGUUCUUUCUGGACCUCCCAGUCCAGCCGGAACCGAAUUCAGCGUUCAUUCUGUUGCUCCCGGUCAAUCGCCUGGUCCUUCCCGAAGUGCGGCGGCUAUUUCAGCAGCUGGCGGCCCCCCAUCGACGGCCGUUCACCGUGUCCAACUGGACUUCAACCGGACUCUAGAGGAUGAAAUGGACCUGAAAGCUGGUCAACUGGUUAGGCUCUUGCAUGAGUAUGACGAUGGCUGGUCUCUUUGCAUCCGCCUCGACCGUUCGCAGCAGGGAGUCGUCCCUAGGACUUGCUUGUCAACUCGACCCGUGAAGCCCCGUCCAGCCGGUGGACCCCCAGGAGCUCGUCCCGGCCCGCCUGUUAUUCCUAGUCCGCGUGGGCCACGCGGUCCAGGCCCAAACUACCCUCCUGGACAAAGAGCUAUGACUCCUGGCAGCCGCCCACAAUCACCUAUGUAUCCUAUGGCAGGUCGUCCCCAAUCGCCAGCCUCUAUGCGACCUCAGUCCCCCGCAACUGGACGUAUGAGUCCGUAUGAAAGCCGUCCGGCUUCUCCUUCGAAUGGUCGGAUGAGCCCGGGACCUCAGUCCCCGGGAUCGAGACAGCAGCGAAGGAUGACCCCACCGGGACCUAGUCCGAUGAAUCCUAAUGGUGGUGCUCCCCAACAGCAAUACAGGGGCCCUCCUCAGGCACCUGUUGGCAGGAAACCCGUUCCAGGUCAAGCAUAUUAA